UGCGUUUCGAGUUGAGUUUUUCAUCAUCGUCCGGUUCGCGCACAUCGUCUCUGUCUCGGUCGCAAGAACAAAGAAUAAAUAAAGAGACCUACUGGGACUUGGGACUAACAGCUACAGUUAAGCACCCGACACACAGUGCUCUAGAGUUAAAGUGCAACGCGAGUGAACCACAGUGAACCCUACUAGUCUUCAACUAAGAAUACAAACAGUAAAAUGCAGCGUAUAUAGAAAAACCAACGCAUAAGUAGAUCCAAAGUAGCAGUCAAGAGAAUAGCCAAGUGUAUAAGCAAGAGGAGGAAAUGGCCACUAACACAGAACUGCUGCCCUUCCGUCAUCAAACAAUCGCGGUGUUGAACAAUUUGAAUAGUCACUGUGGAGGAUCCGGGAGCAAUGGAGCGGCCACCAGUGGCGGAGCGGCUAUUGUCGGCGGAGGAGGAGCAGGAGCGCCCAGCUGGGCCAUGGAUGAACUCUAUCAACAGACUGAGCUCCCUGGACUGACACGAACCGGGGCCACCACUACCCACCACCACCUGCUGCGCUUCACGCCCUACGCCCUGCACCACCGACCGCCCCAUCACCAAUUGCAAACUCUGCCUCCGGCCUUAUAUUUGCAGCAUGCCGCAGCAGCGGCGGCGGCAGCAGCAGCCGCGGCAGCCCACGCACAGCACCACCAUCAUCAUCAUCACCACCUACCGCACAGGCCCGCCUCGCCAGAGAGUCCGGCGCCGGUGGAAGGCACCCACAUUAGCAAUUUGUUCCCCGAACUUCUUGAACAGAUCUUUGAACACCUUCCAGUAAGGGAUCUGGGUCGGGCGGCCCAGGUCUGUACCGCCUGGCGGGAUGCGGCCUAUGCCAAAAGCGUCUGGAAGGGCGUCGAGGCCAAGUUGCACCUUAAACGCUCCAGUCCGAGCCUAUUUAACUGUCUGGUCAAAAGAGGCAUCAAAAAGGUGCAGAUCCUCUCCCUGCGCCGUUCUCUUAAGGAUUUGGUACUUGGUGUUCCGGCUCUUACCUCCCUGAACCUAAGUGGCUGCUUUAAUGUGGCCGACAUGAACCUGGGCCAUGCUUUUAGCGUGGAUCUGCCAAACCUAAAGACAUUGGACCUCUCCCUUUGCAAACAGAUCACGGACACAAGUCUCGGAAGGAUUGCCCAGCAUCUGAGGAAUCUGGAGACUUUGGAACUGGGUGGAUGUUGCAACAUCACGAACACAGGACUGCUACUUAUAGCGUGGGGCCUGAAGAAGCUGAAGCACCUUAAUCUGCGUUCCUGCUGGCACAUCAGCGAUCAGGGCAUAGGUCACCUAGCAGGAUUCUCGCGGGAAACGGCUGAGGGCAAUCUCCAGCUGGAGUAUUUGGGGCUACAGGAUUGCCAGCGGUUAAGCGAUGAAGCUCUGGGCCACAUUGCCCAGGGUCUGACCUCGCUGAAAUCGAUUAACCUGAGCUUCUGUGUCUCGGUGACAGACAGUGGAUUGAAGCACCUAGCCCGUAUGCCCAAGCUGGAGCAACUUAACCUCCGCUCUUGCGAUAAUAUUUCGGAUAUUGGUAUGGCUUACCUCACGGAAGGCGGAAGCGGAAUCAACUCACUAGACGUCAGCUUCUGUGACAAAAUCAGCGAUCAGGCGUUAACGCAUAUUGCUCAGGGUCUCUAUAGAUUGAGAUCCCUGUCCCUUAAUCAGUGCCAGAUAACCGAUCAUGGAAUGCUGAAAAUCGCCAAGGCACUUCACGAGUUGGAAAACCUUAAUAUCGGGCAGUGCAGUCGUAUUACGGACAAAGGCCUGCAAACAUUGGCCGAGGAUCUGACCAAUCUGAAAACCAUCGAUCUCUACGGCUGCACGCAACUCAGUUCCAAGGGCAUCGACAUCAUCAUGAAGCUGCCCAAGCUGCAGAAGCUCAAUUUGGGCCUCUGGCUGGUCAGGUGAUGCGUCCACCAUGAUUGCAACGCCUGUGCGGCGGAGGAGGCCGCUCGCGGCUCUUAUAAUUCCCAACUAUAGAUUCCGGGCGGGAAAGAGAGGGCAGAAGCAGACAAGAUACACUGAGAACUCAUAGCUUUCGUUUGCCAUACCACACGCUGUACUACAUUUUUUUUGUACGAACCGAGAAACGAGCAGAGAGGCACAAAACAACGCAGCAACAACAAAAAGCAAACAAUGAGGCACACACACUCGCAAGCGAGCAAGCAAGGCGAGUUUUCGGAGUUGGGGCAAUAGGGACAGAGACAGACGACGUCGGGGAGAAGGCGCUGCCAGUUUAGCUUAUUUACAGCAAAUUUUAAUUUGGUAUAGGAAUAGUUCUUUGGUGGUUGUUUUUUUAUUUGAUUUUAACUUACAAUUUCCUUAUUAUUUUUUUAAAGCUUUACAUUGAUAUUGGUUCAGUUAGAUUAAUUGACUUAAAUGUAUUAUGUAAAGCCCUUUUUAUACGACCUGAAUUUAUAUUUUUUUUUCUAAGAUGCUGUAAACAUCAGUCAAAGGUGUUGAACCAUUUUUUCUCCUUUAUAAAACUCAGCUUGUGUAAAAAGGGACUUGAAAAAUAAUGAUGGCUUAGCGAAGUAUCCAGUUAAGUAGUAUUCCCGCUGUAACUAGCUAUUUUUCCGCCGAACAGAAGUCUGCACUUAUUAUGGAGCUCGCUUCGCUGCGUUGUGUUGUGUUUCUAGGGGGCCAGAGCGAGAGGGGAGAUGCCGCUGGCGUCGGCUUACACGCACGCAGCGAUAAAAAAAAAUAAAAAAGAGAAAAAGAAACAGCAGGCAACAACAACUGCAGCUAUGGCCGACAGCAACAAAGUGCAUGGCGAUGGAGACGCCCGAUAAGCAAAAGCAGCGGAGGGGUAAAGAGGGGGAGAGCAGGAGAGUGGGCAGCACACACAUGCAUACACCAAUAUAACACACCCAUACACGCAUGUGUGUGUGUGCAGUGCAGGCCGCAGUUAAGCAGAUGCAAAUAAAUUUAAAUAGUUUAUUUUAAUUCACGCUUCGGCUACAAAAGCCAGCGUCCUCCAUUGCCACAGCAACAACAACAGCAGCAGCGCAGCAACGAUAAAAACAACAAAGCAGAAAAAGAGAGGGAGUAUGGGGAAUUGAAGCUCUGGCGACUUGACUCUCCUCCGCUCUUUUGUCGCUCUCCACCGCAUUUUUGUUGCUUUGUGCCUGUGUGCUCCCUUUUUUGUAUUAUUUUUUGUGUUUGUAUCUUUGUUUUUGUGCCUCGGCGUUUUCUUCUCGUCUUCGUUGCGAAUUUGUUUAGUACAGCGUCGUUAGUUAUGCCGUUUAAUUUAGUUCAUUAAAACGUAAACGUAAAAAAGUAACGAAAACUAAGAAAAAACAAUGUUAAUAGUAGACACUUAAUGAAAAUGCGUAAACUUAAUUCUUAGUUCUUAAAAUUUGUCAAGCCACAAUUAGUCAAAUAUCGAAAAUGAGGGGGGAAUAACCAUAAACACAAGUUAUAAAACAUUAAAAAAAAGCAACCUUGUUUAAUAGCAAAGAAAAAACUCACCCAAACACAUACACACACGAACACACAAUUGAACACAAAACACAAACGUUAAAGAAAAUUCUGUACAUUUUUUAUUGUUUAAUUUAUAAGUAAGCAAGCAAAAAGAGAAGAUAACGAUUGAAAAGAAUAUGCGAAUUAAUUCUUUUUUCUAUUGUGAUAUAAAAUGUAUUGUAUAAAAAGGAAAACAUAAACAAGCAAACAAAAAUUAAUGCUAAAACAACAAUUACGUAAUUUUAUUUAAGCAGCAUCAAGCGGAAUAGAAGCGAGGAUUAAAUUAAAUAAAUUAAAAUUAAAUAAAUAUGUACAAUGUUAUGUUAAGCCAGGAUUAUUCCUUCGAUUCUCUGUUUUUGGAUUAGUUAAAUGAGCCCAAUUCGAUGAACUUUUGUUAGAACUGCAAUAUACUGAAUGCCUUAA